CACCCUGACCAGCCCUGGCCCGCUCCUCCGAGGGGCUCCUACCCGCGCCCAGGGCCCUUCCCCCCGGCCGGAAAAGGGCCUGACGAGGCGAGGACAUCCUACUCACCUGGCUGAGGACUUCGGGCGAGAGCUUGGAGGCCCUGAGGAACUCGUGGACCUGAUUCACCGGAAUAAUCCCUGAUCCUUCGCUAUCCAACUUCCCGCGACAAGAACGCAGCGCAGCGGGGCGCACCGGACGCGACUGCCAGGACACCGGAAAAGGCCCUCGCCGAUAAGUCUUAGAUUAGGGUUCAAGAAACAGCAGAGGAACUUCAGUAACUUCGACGUAGUGCCGAGGAGGAGCGCCGCGGUGCCCUGUGAUAUUACUCCAAUAAACAUUUUCGACGAACGAAUUACAGGAAAUGAAAAUGUGACGCAUAAUUCUGGGACAUUACUGCAGUAUUUACGGGAAAUUGAAGAAUUUCGACGAUCUGAGAUACGAUGAAGGCUGUUGUGAAUGACUCCAAGACUUUUAUAAUUUGGUGGGCCAUGGUGCAGGAGACGCCAAGCCUGUUGAGCAAAGCCAAGCAGAAGCUGGGUCCUUGGCGCCUGCAGGACGAACACUUUGAGGACGGGGCGUGGGAAGCCGUGGCCGGCCUGGCGCGCCUCCUGCAGCCCGACUCCGUCGAGGUGGCGUUGGAGGGCGACGCCCCCUGGCUCCUUCCGGGUCUCCUCGUCGUUUUGGAGCAGCUUCAGAAGCUUGAGUGUGAGUGUCGCGUGAAGUGGCGGCGCGACUGGCACCUGAGGGCAGGGGACAUCACCCCCACUGCGGAGGCGCUGCUGCAGGCGUCCUCUCCGGCGACGCUGGUGCUGGAGCUGGAUGAGCACGAGGACCCCGCCGCCCUCGCGUCCCUCCCCGGCAUCGUCGCGUCCCUCGCCCGGAUCUCGUGCUCCGUCAACCUCUUCCUCGAGUCCCAUUUCCUCGGCCACAGCGACUCCGCCGUGUCCGACCCCUACCUCCUGCCGUGCCUCGGGGACACGUCCCGCGUCAGGUUCCGGCGGCUCUCGGCUCACCUCGGGCUCGAGGCCACCGCGCGGUUCGUCGAGGAGGCGGCGGCAGACGGAGCGAGCAGCGACGACGACGAGGUGUUCCACUGCGCGCGGCCGACGCCGAUGGUCCAGGCGAAGGCGGCCAUCCGGUACCUGGAGGUGCUGCAGGUGAGGAUCUCCUCCGUGGACGUCAUCGCGGCCCUUAACAGGAGCCUGCCCCACAUGGUGCUGCUGGACGACCUGGACGUCCACCUGACGUUGCCGCGCCUCGUGCCGUCGGACGCGGUGCCUCAGAUCGCCUACGCGAAGGACCGCCUCACGCUGCGCCUGGACCGCGUGGACGACGCAGGGGCCGACCGUGCCGGCCGCAUCGCCACCGCCUUCAGCAGGCAGUACGCCCACGUGUGGCUGUGCAAGAGCCGCAUGACGAGCGUGGGCGGUGAGGUGUUCCUGGAGCACCUGAAGGCCGGGCGGACGCUGGUGGGCGCCGUGCACGUGUUCUCGGUGGCGAAGGGAAGGCCCGACGGGAGGAGCUUCCUGCGCCUCUGCGCCCAGGCGAGUCUGCUGGCCGCCCCGACGGCGCUCUACUGGUAGCGCUGCGCGGAAGUUGUAUGUGAUAAUAAAAGGAGAAAAGCUCGA